AUGGGUUGUGAGUUCAGCGGCCAUCACAUGAGCUCAUACUCAGGUUCGUCAAGACCCUACACACCUCAAGGAACUCCCAGUUCGUCAACUUGUGACUCUUCAAGUGCCAAGCUCGCUGGAGGCGCGACGCUGCAGGGUACUGUUGAACGCCGUGGAAGCCUCCUGCUGCCGUCGCGUAGAACCCUCACGCGUCAGAGGACGAUCGAACAGGUCGUGCACGCUGCCGUCGUCAAGAGGCAACCGCUGCAUGAGUACUUUAGCGAGUUCGAGAAGGACGUACUCAUUUCAACCUGGAAAGCUCUGCUCCUGUACACCAACGAACACGGCGCCUUAAUUUUUCGUCUGGCGGCUGAAAUGUGCCCGGAAUUGAAAGCGGCGUACAAUGUAGAAUUCGACAGGGAUGACGAGAUCGUGUUUAGCUCCUACGCACUCCAGUACAGCCGGGCCUACGUGUCCCUCAUUGACGACGCCAUUCUCUCAUUGGAGGAUCCACAAGAAGGUUUCUAUGACUCAGUCCUCAUUGCGGGUGCCAGUCAGGCAGCUAUACCUCACAUGAAACCCGACUAUUUCAAGGUCUUCAAACGAGCCACUCUUACCACGUGGGAGGGUCUGUUAGGGGAAGAGUUCACUGGUGACGUUAAGAGCGCUUGGCAGACGCUGCUGGAUUACGUCGUGGCCGUGAUGGCAGAGGGAAGUCGCGUCUUCGUGGAAGAGGAACGCAGAAGCACACUGAAUGCCAGCGAGGACGACAAAGUUGACGAACAUUGCUGUGUUAACCAUCGUCUUGACUUCGCAGCCCCCACAACCAGGAAGCAGUAA